GCUAACAGCUGACGUCACUUCCUGUUUCCGGGGGGAACGAAAAGGAAGUGACACAUGAUGAAACAACAUGCUACUUUAUCUGCUCGUGUAAUACUUACUUAAAUAAGAAAAGUUCUAUAUUAAAAGUAUUUUUUUCUAGUGUACUUCAUCUUCAUAAACUCAAUUCAGACUUCGGCUCACCGGAAACGUUGUCAAGAUGCCUGUCCUGUGCAGUAACUGUGGUGACAAGCGUGCUGUGCUGAAACGUCCCAAAACGGGCCACUCGCUGUGCAAGGAGUGCUUCUACUGGGCCUUUGAGGAGGAGGUGCAUCAGACGAUCGUGGGAGCAAAGCUGUUCAAACCCGGGGAAGCUGUAGGAAUUGCUGCCUCAGGUGGAAAGGACUCCACAGUGCUCGCACAUCUUAUGAAGCUCCUAAAUGAGCGAUACAACUACGGCCUUGAACUCAUGCUUCUCUCAGUGGAUGAGGGAAUCUCUGGUUACCGAGAUGACUCCCUGGAGACAGUGAAGAGGAACCAGCAACAGUAUGAGCUGCCACUGAAGAUUGUGUCAUAUGAGGAGCUGUAUGGCUGGACUAUGGAUGCUAUAGUGAAGCAGGUGGGACUGAAAAAUAACUGCACCUUCUGUGGAGUGUUCAGAAGGCAGGCGCUAGACAGAGGAGCCAUCAUGCUGAAAGUGGCCAAGAUAUGUACAGGUCACAAUGCUGAUGACGUGGCGGAGACAGUUUUGAUGAACGUCUUGCGAGGGGACAUCGCUCGUCUGCGCCGCUGCACUGCCAUCUCCACAGUAAGCGAAGGCGACGGGGUCGUGCCGCGCUGCAAGCCCCUCAAAUACGCGUAUGAGAAAGAGAUAGUUCUGUAUGCUUACUUUAAGAAGUUGGACUACUUUUCCACUGAGUGUAUCUACUCUCCCAAUGCUUAUCGCGGCUAUGCAAGGACCUUUCUGAAGGACCUGGAGAGCGUAAGGCCUAGCUCCAUAAUGGAUAUCAUCCACUCGGGGGAGAACCUGUCCGUGCGGGAGGGGGUGAAGAUGCCUGUGCAGGGGACCUGCACCCGCUGUGGCUACAUCUCCAGUCAGGCUCUGUGCAAGUCAUGUGUGCUGCUGGAGGGGCUGAACCGAGGUCUGCCGAAGCUGGGCAUCGGUAAACACCAUCGCCUGCAUGACAAAAUCCUCUCCAAGACGCCGCUUACUGAGAAGGAGGAGAGAAAGCUGAGACCAGUAGACUUUUGACAACUAUUAUCCCCUGUUUUAUUUACCAGAAGACUUAAGAUAUAUAAUAACAUUUUACAAUAAACCACUUUUUUUUUUUCUUUUACAUAAGAACAGAAUAGUUUAAUAAGCCAACCGAGUUAUUUGUUUGCAUUUAUCAUCAAUUCCAUAUUUAUUGAAAGUUAGCACGGAAUAUUUUAAUUGGUAAAACUGAGAAAACCUCUCAGACCACUGAAGCAUCAUCACACCAUAAAGUCCAUUCACUGAUGUUUUACAGCUGAUAACCAGGGAUCCCUAAGUUACAAUGUAGACAUACUUUCCAAUGGUUUUUAAGAAUUUUGUGUUAAUCUUAAAGUUACAUUCAAUAAUGAAUGAAUGAAUGGUAUGUGUGUGUGUGUAUGUAUAUUCUGUAUUACACACACAUAACGACACCUAUCUAGUGUACACCUACUAGGUGUGUGAGGUGCAGAAACAAAGACUAGCAACCUUCUUUUUAAAGUGAGAUGGCUGUGCAUGUUUCCACAGCAAUGGAGUCUCUUCACUGAUGGCAUGUUUCAUUUCUUUAUUUUAUGUCACUUCUUAUGUUUCAAUGCACAAAUCUCUGGGGAGGAUAUGAUGACAGUUAUGGUCACAUUCCAAUGUGUUUUAUGAACUAUAUUAAUUUAAUAAAUGCAUUGUCCCAUA